AUGCCCUCAUAUGCCAUCACAGGAGCCUCAAAAGGCAUCGGCUUCGAAUUCCUGAAGCAACUCUCCGCCGAUCCGUCCAACACCGUCAUAGGCCUGGUGCGUGACGUGAAAAGCACCGAAGCCAAGGUGGCGGCAGAGAUCAAUCGAAGCAAUGUCCAUAUCCUGCACGGAGACCUGGACAGCUAUGAGUCGCUGAAGGCGGCAAGCGCAGCCACCGCGAACAUCACGGGCGGCAGCCUCGACUACCUGAUCGCCAACGGCGCGCGCCUCCCGGGGGACUCGGGCUUUGUGGGCUUUGCGGAGCUGGGCAAAAACCCCACCGCGCUAGAAGAAGAGAUCCUCCUCGAGUGCAAGACCAACGUCGUCGGCAACAUCCACCUCUUCAACCUCUUCACGCCCCUGAUCCUCAAAGGGCAGCAGAAAAAGGUCGUCCUCAUCUCGUCGGGCAUGGGCGACCUGGAUUUAGUGGCAAAAUACGAGCUCGAAGCCAGUGGGCCUUACGGCGUGGGCAAAGCCGCUACCAACAUGGUCGUGGCCAAGUUCAGUGCCGAGUUUGCCAGGCAGGGGGUGCUUUUCAUGAGUAUUAGUCCCGGCGUGGUGGAUACGGGGCAUUUUCACCCAGAGAAUCUGACGGAGCAACAAAGGCAAGCCUUUGCGAUCUUCGGAGCCAAGCUCCAGAAACAUUCGCCGAGCUUCUCGGGCCUGCCGAUGACUCCAGAGGAAUCGGUCAAGGCGGUCAUUUCGGUCUACGAGAAAGCGAGCGUCGCGAAUGGAGAUGGCGGUUCCUUCGUUUCCCAUUUCGGGAACAAGCAGUGGGUGUGA